AUGAUGGCGCUGGCAAAGGGGCGAGCUCGAAGCCAUUCCGCCAUCCAGAGAUCUCUCUCGUCGCCCUUCCCUGAAGGAACCCACGAAAAGCUCGAUCAUGACUCCAUCACUUCGCUCAGGAAUACCGAAGUGAAUCCUCACCGACAGGGCCUCCCCGCUUGGGAUCGCACAUUUGACGCUGUGUACCACAAGCACGCGGUAGACCAGAACACGACCAACAACGCCGCCCGGUUCCCUGACGCCAUCCAGCAGUUUUUCAAGGAUCAUGGCCACAAAAGACCAAGUUCUGGAUAUUUCCGUCUCCCUGACAGCGUUCGCAUGCGGAUCUGCCAGUUUGUCCUGGCACCACACCGCACUGAGAAGCCCAUCCGCCUCAACCGGAGUUCCUUCAACCGGGAUUGCUGGCGUACCGACGAUCUCCAGUCGCCAAGCACAGCACUGCUGCCUCUUGGGCCUUACUUGGAAGUCUCAUUUGGGUUCCGUGCAGAUUUGCUCGUUGCCUUUCUCCUUGAAGUCAGGCUCCAUGCCACAUUCUCGCCUUACGUGGGACCCCGAGUCAGCCCGCUUGCUACGACAUGGCUGAAUAAAUACGGAAAAUAUGCCCAGGAAAUCGUCGUCGAGAUCGACAUGACGCGCCUCGACUGUGGUGCCGAGAUAUACGCCGUUGGCCUACUCCCUGGCGUUGAACACAUUGACGCACUGCUGCAUAAAUUUGUCGAACACCAACUUUGCCGAAAGAAAACGCGGCCCCUGAACAGCUUGGUUCUUCUGUGCCGGAGGUUCUAUGGCCUACGAUACCAAGACCAGCCAACUAAAUCCGUUACUGGGCGAUCGAGUGAAGCAAGCAAUUACAGUCGUCUGAGCCAGAGAUCCGAGCCACCGUCCAGUCUCGAAGGGACGAGGCAGGACUCACCUGGAUUCGAAAAGGCACUCAGCUCUUCGCCAGUCCGCCGCCGGCCCUUUUGGAAUAUCGACUCGGACGAGGCUGCGAACUCCCCAACCGAAGGAACUGACGGCACGGAGACGCCGGAUCCGAGACAGACCGACAACAAGACCCCAACGAGCCCCUUCUUGCCGGGCCACCAAGUCUACUACUGCCCAGAUUCCUAUCUCGACAUAUGUGACCGCCUCCUGGCACUGCGCGGCCGCAUCAACUCCGUCCGUAUCUGCGGCUUCAGCGAAGAGUACGCAACUCGGUUUGUAGACGCCAUGUUUCCAUCCGCGCCAAGGGACUUGAGACAACAUUGCUACCGCGUAGCUCCAUCAACCAUCUGGCCACGGCUGAGUGGCCAGAAAUCCUACAUCGACAUGGGAAACCGAGCUCUUCUGCUAGAUGAUCAUGAUACUGUCGCGGCCACGAGUUCCAACGCGGCUGUGGCAGCUUGGGAGGGAUGCGUUCAGUUGCCCCCACCGGUCAUUGACGCGUCCGGAACCCCCUCUCUCCCGCCAGUCGUGAGGGCGCUGCAGAGGAUGAGAAGCCAGUCAUUGGAGUCCAGCGUGGGUUCCCAAACUCAAGGGGAACAAGGCCGGGCUAAUGGUGCGUUGGAAGAAGUCGGAGUUGAGAAGACGAGGAUAAUGCGACUGCUGGAUGUGUACGGAAAGGCAAAAGCUAAGAGGAAGCGAAGCUUGUCGAAAGAAAUUUCCGCCACGUUGUAGCAAUGGUUGAUCGACGAUCUUUGGACAUGCCAGAUAACACGGUGUUCUUUUGUAUGAUAAUAGAAUAAUCGCUCAUUUCGUAGAAACGCGUUAACAUCCGUCGUGUAAUCCGAGUGGUUCGCUCCAUCAAACUCCCCAAUAUGUCUAGCUGCAGCAGACAUCCCUUCCCUGCUAUG